GGUUUUGGUUUUGGAGACCGUGACCGAGCUGUUUGAGUUUGACUGAGGGGUGGAGAACGUUUGUCAGGGGCCCGGCCAAGAAAGGUCCGCAAGAUUCCCGAUGGUGUCCAUGACUUUCAAGCGGAGCUGCAGCGACCGGUUCUACAGCACCCGGUGCUGCGGCUGUUGCCAUGUCCGCACCGGGACCAUCAUCCUGGGGACCUGGUACAUGGUGGUAAACCUAUUGAUGGCAAUUUUGCUGACUGUGGAAGUGACUCAUCCAAACUCCAUGCCAGCUGUCAACAUUCAGUAUGAAGUCAUCGGUAAUUACUAUUCAUCUGAGAGAAUGGCUGAUAAUGCCUGUGUUCUUUUUGCUGUCUCUGUUCUUAUGUUUAUAAUCAGUUCAAUGCUGGUUUAUGGAGCAAUUUCUUAUCAAGUGGGCUGGCUGAUUCCAUUCUUCUGUUACCAGCUUUUUGACUUCGUCCUCAGUUGCCUGGUUGCUAUUAGUUCUCUCACCUAUUUGCCGAGAAUCAAAGAAUAUCUGGAUCAGUUGCCUGAUUUUCCCUACAAAGAUGACCUCCUGGCCUUGGACUCCAGCUGCCUCCUGUUCAUUGUUCUUGUGUUCUUUGCCUUAUUCAUCAUUUUUAAGGCUUAUCUAAUCAACUGUGUUUGGAACUGCUAUAAAUACAUCAACAACCGAAACAUGCCAGAGAUUGCUGUGUAUUCUGCCUUUGAAGCGCCUCCUCAGUAUGUUUUGCCAACUUAUGAAAUGGCCGUGAAAAUGCCUGAAAAAGAACCACCACCUCCUUACUUACCUGCCUGAAGAAAUUCUGCCUUUGACAAUAAAUCCUAUACCAGCUAAAAAAAAAAAAAA